AUGCCGGUUAAAGAUGCAGGGCCACUUUUGCUGAUCGAAAUGCUAGAUCUUGCAUCUCAACACCGAAGCAAGGAAGCCAGAUCUGACCAGGUUUCCUCCAACACCUCCAACACGUACGACUAUAUCGUCACCGGUAGCGGUCCAGGAGGCGGUACAAUCGCAACAAAUCUCGCUCUUGCUGGACACUCCGUUCUGUUGAUCGAGGCUGGAUCAGACGCUUCGUUUGAUAUCCGCACCCAAGUGCUCGCUUUGAACGACUUCUCCAACACGAAUGUAGCGUGGCAUUUCUUUGUCAAGCAUAGUGAUGACGAGGAGAGAUUGAAGAGGUAUAACCUGUUGGUCUGGAGGUUGGAGAAUGGAGAGUAUUGGGUUGGGAAAGAUCCCAGUGUUGAGGGACAUAUAGGCGCUGAGAGAUUGGGCAUUUUCUAUCCUAGAGGUGCUACUUUGGGCGGGAGUGCGAUCAUCAACGCGGCUGCGACAUUCCUGCCAAGCGACAGCGACUGGGACUUCUUUGACAAGGGCGUUGAAGAUGGCAUCUGGAGUAGCGAAUUGAUGCGGAAGUACUUUGAGAAAAUCGAGCAUAACAACUAUCUCGAAUCCGGUACUCCUGGUCACGGCUUUACAGGCUGGCUACAGACGAACAUCGCUGAUCGAGCUACCCAUGCGGCUGAAGCACUCCGCUUCAAGGUCUUCCAAGCUGGAUUGAAAUUGGUUGGGAAAGACCCAGAAAAGGUACUGGACUACCUUACUAGUGAUGCAAACUAUUUCGACCUAAUGCGUAACUAG